GGCUGGGGGCGUGGGCAUGGAGCCGGCCGCCGCUGCCUAGCCCCCGACCCGCGCCGCUGCUUAGGGCGCCCUGAGGUCUCCGUGGGGUGGGCCGGGCGCGGCCUGGCGCUGCGCGGAUGGCCCUGCUCGCCGUCCUCCUCGUCCUAUUUCUGACCACAGCUGGGAGGUGCCAGGAGCAAGCCCAGACCACCGACUGGCGGGCCACCCUGAAGACCAUCCGGAACGGCGUUCACAAGAUUGACAUGUACCUGAACGCCGCCUUGGACCUCCUGGGAGGCGAGGACGGGCUCUGCCAGUACAAGUGCAAUGACGGAUCUAAGCCUUUCCCACGUUAUGGAUAUAAACCCUCCCCACCGAAUGGAUGUGGCUCCCCACUGUUUGGUGUUCAUCUUAACAUCGGCAUCCCUUCCCUGACAAAGUGCUGCAACCAGCACGACCGGUGCUAUGAGACCUGCGGCAAAAGCAAAAACGACUGUGAUGAGGCGUUUCAGUCUUGUCUGUCCAAGAUUUGCCGAGAUGUGCAGAAAACACUGGGGCUGGCUCAGCACGUGCAGGCCUGUGAAACCACCGUGGAACUCUUGUUUGACAGCGUUAUACACUUAGGCUGUAAGCCGUACUUGGACAGCCAGCGAGCCGCGUGUAGGUGUCGCUAUGAAGAAAAAACCGAUCUUUGAAGAAGAUGCUGGCAACUGGUGACAACAGAUGAGGACAGAAGAACAUAACCUUUGACAAAGAGCUAAUGUUUUUACAGCCUAGAGUUGCCUUAUUUUUGUGACAGGAUUAUUUUAAGAACUUAUUUUGACAUUAAAACUGAAGAAACAAA